AUGGUGAAAGUGAAAAAUCUACUGGGACCAGAUGCCGUUGAAGGGCUUCAAAAAUUACCUCCAUCAAGACCUGAUUCAGCUUUAAGUGAGGCAGAAAAAACUACACGGGAGGUCACAGAAGAUCCUAAUAAGAAGCCAAGGAAAAGCAGAAGUCCCGAAGCGAUGCGAGAAGGAGGUGAAGGGGCCGCUUCAAAGCCACCGAUUCGGAUCCAGUCAAAAGUCUACCCAAGGAAGUCACCCAGCCCGAAGUUAGGCAAAGGAGACGACGACCGGCGUAGUCCUAGUCCUCUAUCUGCCUCUGGAAGUCAGACUCCCGACUCGAGGUCGACAACUAGAAGUGAAACUGCAAGCCAGGGUAAAAAUCUUAUACAGAUCAUCCAGGACGACAAGACGAAGAUUAUUGAAAGUCGAGAUGAUGGAAGUGACAAGAGAGUUAGACGUCCUGCAAGGAAGGAUAAAGCUGUUCAAACUGAUUCGAUUACAGUAUCGUCCCUGGCUAAGGCUGCCGAGAAGCCUGAGAAGCCACCCACUCCAGUUCCAACACCCAAACCAACAGUCGCGGACAAAGUUAGUGCCAGACCAGAAACACCAACUACAACACCAACUUCAAGCCCAGCAACACCAGCAACAGGAAGUCCUUCAGAGUCUCCUGCGCUGGACGGCGAUUCCUCCAAAGUCAACAUGCUUCACAAAGAGCUGGAAAAAUCCAAGAAGCAACUCAACUAUUACCGGACUCGUAACUGGGCUGAAAAGCACGAGGCUCACGCUGUUCCGAUUCCUGUUACUGCGACACGACGCCCAGAAGAACCAUUGGCUCCUGAGGGAGACGUCGGACUUAUUUUCGUUUACAACCCAACGUCUGGAUUCCAUACAAUGCUGUCAUCGGGCGACGUGGGACAGUCGAAGAACAAAGGUUCACUCAUAAGAGGAUCCACUAUUUACCACCACGAUAAGCCAAUGUCAGCACCAGCGGGACUUUCCAGGUCCGGUAUGCCCAUGUCAGUGAGCACCAGCAACAGAGUUGUGUCAGCCAGUCAAGUGAUGAAACUUAUAGCCAAAAGAAGGGAGCAACAACAAGCAGCAAAGAAGUAA